AUGCUGCAGGCACUGACUGGACUACAGUUUCAGCUCAGAGGAAAGCUACAGGAUCAAGAGUGGACAGACAAGCAUCCUCAAGAAGACACCCGUGCACAUUAUUCACAGUGUCAUAUGCCAGUUUCACAGUGUCCUGGGUUCAAUGGAUUUUUUCCAAUGGGAACACACUUCUCAUCAGACAAAGCUCCAGCAAUCUCAGAGGUACAAACACACUUGGAAAAUCAAUCUAGAUACCACAUACAGCAAAGCCAGAGGCACCAGGUGAAGCAGUACCUGACCCUCGAUACCAAGCUGUCCAGCCAGACCCUUUCCCUCUCCCACUCCCACACAAUCCAACCUGCAGGAGUGACCUCCAUUUUAAGAAACGGACACAUGCCUCCGGUCAGUGAUAUUGGGACACCAGAAAGCCCUGUUACCAAGCUGCUGGCCCUUGAAGGAGAACAUGAAAAUGCGAUGGAAGAGGUGAUUGAAGACAUAAUCAAUAUGGAAUCAAGUUUUAACGAUGAAGGGAUAGGUUGUUCUGAAACUCCUCUACUAAUGCAAAGAACGCUAUCUAGCAGCAUUUUGGAUAUAUAUAACAGUGACCAGGGAAUGGCACCAGCCAAUAUGGGUCUCACAAAUGCUUCUUGCCCAGCUAAUCUACCAGUAAAAAGGGAACUCACAGAAGCAGAUACACGAGCAAUGGCAAAGGAGAGACAAAAAAAGGAUAACCACAAUCUCAUUGAGAGAAGAAGAAGGUAUAAUAUUAAUUACCGAAUCAAGGAGCUUGGCACACUCAUCCCCAAGUCUAAUGAUCCUGAUAUGCGCUGGAACAAAGGAACUAUUUUAAAAGCAUCAGUGGAGUACAUCAAGUGGCUACAAAAAGAACAACAGAGAGCCAGAGAAUUAGAACACAGGCAGAAGAAAUUAGAGCAUGCUAACAGACGACUUCUACUCCGAAUUCAGGAACUAGAGAUCCAGGCACGUGCACACGGCCUCCCAGUCAUGUCUUCCCUCAGUGCUGUCGAUUUAGCUGCACAGGUCAUCAAGCAACAGUCUUACGCGGAGAACUCCGUAGACUACUCUCAACAAAUGCCUCUGGCACAUGGACCAAAUUCUGAUGUUUGUGAUGGAUCUACAGCCUUUUCUGAUCCGCUUUCACACUUCACGGAUUUGUCCUUCAGCGCAGCUUUAAAAGAAGAGCAGCGGCUGGAGGAAAUUUUACUGGAUGACACGGUGUCGCCAUUUGGAACAGACCCACUCUUGUCCUCCACGUCCCCAGCUGCAUCGAAAGAGAGCAGCAGGAGGAGCAGCUUUAGCACAGAUGAUGGAGAUGAUUUAUAAAAGCAGAAAGGGCCUCAUACUUCUCUCAAUCACUUGCUAAAAGACUGAGUUGAACGUAAGCAUGGUGUUUGUGCUUAUUUUAAAUAUGAAUAAGGAGAGUCACUGUGAAGAUAAGUUACUACAUACAAGGGUUUAAAUCAGCCCUUACUUUGCAGGAAACUGAGACGGACAUGAACUCAUAUCACUUUGCCCAAAAUUCACACUCUUGGUUCACAGCUGACAUUUGCACAAAUCUUUAUUCACUGGGAAAGUUUUUACUAAUAGUAAAGCUAAUAGUUCCAUGACUUUUUACAGCACUAUGAAAAUGGUUACUGCAAAAGGAAUAUCCAUGUUACAAAAAUGUAUUGAAACUCCCUCUUCAAUAUGCACUCACUAUUCUCUGCUAUCAACAUGAGUCAUUUUUUAAUUUCUCUUUUUUAUAUAACUAAAAAUUCUACAAAAUGUGAAGCA